UCUGACUUCUAUCAUCUCGUUAAUUUAUCAAAAAAAAUAUUUAAAUUUUUAAUUCACUGGUUGAAACAACAAAUAGAAAUGGCAGAGGAUUCCAAUCGUUUUCUAACAUCAUCUUCGGGCGGGGGAUAUACUCAAGCGAAACAAGAACAAUAUACGCUGUACAUGCGUAAACUUCACAAAGAAUUUCUAGAGAUAUGGAACGAAACUCCCGAAACGACUGCGAAAAUAUCAGAUUUCGAGAAAUAUAAAGUUUUAGGUACAGGAGCAUUCGGUGUGGUUUAUUUGGCUAAACAUGUUACCACGGGAAGAUAUUAUGCAAUGAAAAUGCUUGAAAAAGAAAAGAUUGUCAAAUUAAAACAAGUCGAGCAUAGUUUUUACGAAAAGAAAAUAUUGUGUGGUCUCAAUUUCCCCUUCGUCGUGUACAUGAAAUACUUUUUUAAAGACAACGUAUAUCUUUAUUAUAUUCUACCAUUUAUUCCGGGCGGUGAAAUGUUUUCUCAUUUACGUAAAUUGGGAAAAUUCGAAGAGACUACGUCGAAAUUUUACGGCGCUCAAGUUAUUUUAGCUCUAGAAUAUCUUCACGCUUUAGAUUUAGUUUAUCGUGAUUUAAAACCGGAGAACAUAUUGAUUGACCGUCACGGAUACAUUAAGAUAACAGACUUUGGGUUUUGCAAGCUUAUCCACGGUAGAACUUGGACUCUGUGCGGCACGCCAGAGUAUUUAGCUCCGGAAAUUAUUUUAAGUAAGGGUUACGGGUCCACCGUCGACUGGUGGUCAACGGGAGUUUUGCUUUUUGAAAUGAGUGCUGGAUAUCCACCAUUUUUUGCUUCUGAUCCAAUGAGGAUUUACGAAAAAAUAGUCGCAGGGAAAUAUCGAUGCCCCAGCCACUUCACAAUGGAAUUAAAAGACCUUAUAUCUCAUGUCCUUCAAGUCGAUGUUACUAGACGUUAUGGUAAUCUAAAAAACGGAGUUUUAGAUUUUAAAAAUCAUAAAUGGUUUAAGGAAAUCGACUGGGACGCACUUUUAAACAUGCGUCUUCAACCACCGUUUAUACCGAAAGUUAAACAUCCAGGGGACACAACAAACUUUGAAGUUUUCGAAGAAGAAAAAAUUAAGGAAAGUCCAAUUAACUUGUUUGAAGACGAAUUCGCUAACUUUUAAAAUAACUAUGUUACUGUUAACAUAAACUGCUUCUAAGAAUACGACGAAUAGUUAAGUUAGAACGAUAAGAAGUCACAAAGUAUUUUAAGUUACUAUUUAAACUAUGUCUCUGUUAAUUUACCGCAAUUGUUUCACGUAAGAAUUUAAGACAGAAAUUGUUUGAGUUUUUUUAUUUUGUUAACCAAGACAUAGAUAGAACCCUGUGGCCUAUCUUUGUGAUAAUUCGAAUGUCUUAAUGCCUGCGUUUAGACAUGCAUGAAAUAAACCAUUUGUAUCGUCAA